AUGCAUAAUCAACGACGUUAUCCAUAUGUUACGAUCCCCCCUGGAGCGAGUCCUCUACCCAACCCUAGCCCACUGCAGGCAUAUCCAUACGAAUUUGAUAAUGCGCCAUCUGGAGACCUCUUGAAUCCAUGGGAUCACACACCUACAGCCCGACAUCCGAAUGGCAGACCAGGUGAACUUCGAUCGCGUAGUCGUACUCAAAGUGCAUACGAGCCCGUACCACCCACCAUAUCUUUUCCUGAACCGGAGCUACAUCGAUUUGCUUCUCAGAGAGCGACCCUUCACCCAUACUCACCCCGCCACCGUUACAGCAAGUCCGAUGACGGUCAUGGCUCUCUACCCCCGAGUACAGACGAUGUGGCUAGUCCCCCCUUUACUCCAGUAACACCAGACUCUGCUUCAUUCAUGCAUUACCUUCCGGAGGACGAUUGGGAAGCACCAGUCAAUCAACUAACUCGGGAGCUGUCCAAUGUUUCCCUUUAUUCUGAGGAGGGAUUAAGACGAUUCCAAGCCGGUCAAUUAGCGGAGAAGGAUGAAGAAUGGCACCGGCUGGCUCCUCCUGAAGCUCAGGAAGCACUUGGCAAAAAAGAAGUCGAGCGGCAAUCAGUUCUAUUCGAGCUGUUCAAGUCAGAAAGGGACUAUGUGGAAGAUCUUAAACUUGUCACAGAGGUUUUCAUCGACCCUUUAAAGUUCGCCAACCCCCCUGUCAUUGCUCCCGACAAGUUACGUCCCUUUGUUCAUGAAGUAUUUUGGAAUUUGGGUCAGAUCUCUGUGCAUCAUGAGCAUAUGCUGGCCGCACUCUUUGAACGUCAAUUAGAUCAGCAUCCGCUGGUACAGAGCGUGACUGACAUUGUACUUGAAACCUGCUUUCAGUUCCAAUCAGAGUACGAGUCCUACAUCAAACACUAUCCACUCGCAGAAGAGCGGCACCGCACUGAACUCAGUCGCAAUAAAAGCUAUCAAGCGUUCAUGCAAAAAUGUUCUCAAGAUCCUCGGGUGCGCAAGCGCGACAUGAUCACCUUCCUUUCCAGACCAGUAACUCGCCUCCCACGUCUACAUUUGAUCCUUGAGCACAUUCAGAAGAUCACAGAACCGGGCCAUCCGGAUCUUGAAGACCUGCCACUUCUUCUAAACAUCUUGAGCGACUUCCUAAAGAGUACACAACCUGGUAUCGCAGCUGCAGAGAACAGAGUAAAAUAUUGGAAUGUCUGUGAAAGCUUGACGAUGCCCAAGGGAGAAAUAAUUGAUUUGGAUUGGUACAACGAAAGUCGGUCACUGGUGUACUCUGGCCCUGUAGCCCGAAGGUCCAAGUCUGAAAUGGAUUGGCACCCGUGGACUGAUCUAUUCGUUGCCUUACUCGACAACUAUCUGUUGCUCACUAAAGAGGAGAGAAGAACGGGAGGAAUCCUCAAGCGCUAUGUUUCGUCUAGACCUAUACCCUUGGAAUAUCUCAAACUAGGAAGUUUCGAUGGACAGCCAGAAAGCAGGAAGGAACGGUGUGAAGAAGGAGGGAUCUUGGACAGCUUACGCGCACAAUACAAACCCAUCUAUCCGUUCACGAUUUACCACUCUGCAGAUAAGUUGACGCGGCGGUAUACUCUGUACGCUCCGACCGAGUCUGCGAGAGAGAAGUGGCGGGACGCUCUUGUUGAGGCCAAGGGAAUAGACGACGUACGCCGAGAUGCAAACAAGUGGUUUGCACCACAACUCGUUGAUGAUGGCUCCUUCCGAUCACCAGGAGCUUACACUCCCCGCGGCUUUGGAUCUAAGGCGUCAGGGAGGGUCGUCAACGCUGUGUCUUUUACUGCUGCCGGCGGGAAGAGGCUCAUGGUGGUCGGUUGCGCAACUGGAAUCUAUGUUGGAUCCAGGGGUGAUAUCAACUUCCGCAAGAUAUUGUCGUAUGGCAAUCCUUCCUCUAUCAUAGUUUUACAAGAUUUCAAUAAGUUCAUCGUACAUCAUGAGAACUAUCUGCUCGCAUACUCCUUGGAUCUUCUCGCCAGAGUCGCGAUGUACCAGGCCCCUGCAAGUAGCUUAGAUGCUUCAAUGGAGAAAAUCGCAGGGGGAGAUGGCACCGUCCUAUUCUGUAGUGCAGGACGAAUAAAACAGCGAAUGAUCGUUGUUUAUGCUCUUAAAUCAUUCUUUCAAAUCACAGUGCAUGCAUUGGAGGCCUGCAACUUUUCUGAGCUUCGGCGGACUCCAUCACGAGGAUCCCAGGGCACCAUAUUAUCGUUUAGACCGUUUGGCGAACCAUUGUAUGUACCAAAGGAUGCCUACUCCGUUACACCACUAGCCAAGACAGUUGCUAUAAGUACAGAGAAGGGCAUCGUGAUUGCCGAUCCGACCAAUACAGCAAGGCAGAUGAUCUCGGUUGUCCCGGACUUUAGCGGAGCAACCUCCGACACAGACAUGGCUGACCUGAAGACUCGCUGCGAGGAUGCUAAGCCCCUUGGCUUAAUUCGGAUCGAAUCAGGCGAAAUAUUGGUCAUUUAUGACGCUCUUGGAUGCUACAUCACGAAGCAUGGCGUUCCCUCCCGGAAAAGCGGAUUCAUCCGCUGGGAGACGACAGCUACGUCAUUUGCCCAUCGCGGGUCCCAUGUGCUGCUAUUCUCCUCUGAGUUCAUUGAAAUUCGAAGCCUCUCUACCGGCAGACUUGAUCAAGUCAUUGAAGGAAGCGACAUUCGUUUACUGCUGCACACGAACCUGAAAUCUCACUCGGCCGAUGAUACACUACUCGUGGCGAUGCGUGGGACUAAGGACGAUAAAGAUGGUGUUAGCGACAAGAUAAUAGAACUAGUUCGAACUGCGGAAUUCAGCUCCAUGCAAACACCGAUGGCAUCCGCGCCAGUGGAAGGUAUAUGGGAUGAGUGGGACAUGUAA